GGCUUUCACUACACCGCUAAGGACACUCCUCUCGCUCUCAUUGGGCAGUUCCCCCACUGUGGAUGCGGGCGCCCCCCUGAACUAAUAACUAUAACCCUUGCCCAGUCUUCAGGUUGUCGAACUAUCUUUCUUCUCUUAUUCAGAAUUAAAUUAUAGAAACACGGCACGUUGGAACUAUCGUCUUACUACAUCUGUCGCUCAGGACAACCGAGGCUAUACAGUAAAAGAGUCAUAGCCUCGAAGAGACGCGCCCAUUGUUUAGAGUGAUUGGCGCGCAGAACGUAAUAGGCUAUGAUGUUGAUGUUUGACCAAGUGCUCAGUAGCAGUCUUCCAUGAGUGUUGCGUGUCAGUGUCCGUCAUCCUGUGCAAGUAAUCAGAGUAAUGGAACACGUUCCUACCGCGCCACCGGCAACGUGUCCACGCAGGUCCAGCAUGGACAGAUCAGAAGCGGUACCUCUCGGGAUUUAUUCGACUCCGAUUCAGGACAUAAUCAAAAUGGAAAUCCCUAAUUACAAGUUGAAAGAGGCAUUUGAAAGCCAGAAAGAGAUAGAAACCUCAUCAAACGUGUACGAGAACCCCAAAGCAGACCCUGAACACGCGUGUUGCUGCAGCUGUGUCUCUCGCCUGUCCAAGUUGGUGCCGAAGGUCUACCAGGAUGAGAUAGUCCACAUCCUGAAGCUGGCUGGACCGGUGAUGGUGUCUCAGAUGAUGGUGUUCCUCAUCAGCUUUGUCAGCACAGUGUUCUGUGGUCACAUGGGGAAGACAGAGCUGGCCGGCGUGGCCUUAUCCAUCGCGGUGAUCAAUAUCACCGGUAUUUCCAUUGGCAGCGGUAUGGCGUCGGCCUGUGAUACGCUCAUCUCCCAGACCUACGGGAGCGGGAACCUGAGGCGGGUGGGAGUGAUCCUUCAGCGGGGCAUUCUGAUACUGCUGCUGACCUGCUUCCCCUGCUGGGCCCUGCUGGUCAACACCGAGCCCAUCCUCCUGCUGGUGAAGAUGAGCCCGGAAGUAGCCAGUCUCUCACAGUUCUACGUGCAGAUCUUCAUGCCCGCCCUGCCGGCUGCCUUCAUGUACCAACUACAGGCCCGCUAUCUUCAGAAUAUGGGUAUUAUAUGGCCCCAAGUGAUAACGGGACUUAUAGGAAACAUUCUCAACGCCAUCAUCAACUAUGUCUUCCUCUUCCCUCUUGAUAUGGGCGUCGGUGGCUCUGCAGCAGCCAACGUGAUCUCCCAGUACGUGCUGGCCGUGUCCCUCUUCGUCUACAUUAACUGCAGGGGACUACACAAGACCACAUGGGGAGGUUGGUCCCAGGAAUGUCUGCAGGAAUGGGGUCCCUUCAUCAAGCUGGCCAUUCCCAGCAUGCUCAUGCUGUGCCUGGAGUGGUGGAUCUUCGAGCUGGGAGGGUUCCUGGCCGGCCUCAUCAGUGAGCAGGAGCUGGGAGCUCAGUCAAUCGUUUACGAACUGGCGACGUUGUCUUACAUGUUCCCUCUGGGAUUCGCGGUGGCGGCCAGUGUGCGUGUUGGGAACGCUCUGGGUGCUGGGAAAGUAGAGCAGGCCAAGCUGACCAGCAAGGUGGCCAUCGUCUGUGCAAUGAUAGUCUCUGUUUUCGUUGGAGCUACUCUUGGUAUCCCAAAAGAUUACGUUGGCUACAUUUUCACCAAGGAUCGAGGCAUUAUUGACAGGGUCGCUGACGUCAUGAUCAUAUACAGUUGCUUCCACCUGAUCGACUGCAUAGCGGGUGUGACGGGGGGUAUAAUCAGGGGGGCCGGGAAGCAAAGCAUAGGUGCCCUCUGUAACUUUGUGGGUUACUAUAUCAUCGGCUUCCCCAUCGGGGUGUCCCUGAUGUUCGCCGCUCACAUGGGCAUCGUGGGACUGUGGACGGGACUUUUGUUUUGCGUGGCGAUACAGGCCGUCUUCUUUCUGAUUUUCCUGUCUAAACUGAACUGGCAGAAGGCCAGCGAUGAGGCACUCGUGAGGGCUGGAGUCCAGAGAGUGGAAAUAAAGGACGAGAUCGAGAUGGAAUAUGAAGAUGUAGGCCCGGGCGCCCCCCAGCUCAGUCUGAGCCCGGAGGAGGGGGAGACGGCACCGACCCCGGACAUCAAGGUGGGCGGGGCCACCACGGUGGGCGUGGUACUGACCGGCAGACAGCUGAUUCUACGCCGCGGUCUGACCCUGCUGCUCGCCGUCUCCUCUUUGGUGGUUGCAGUCCUCCUGAAGUAUCUGUUCGUUUCCCUGCUCGGAUAGUUGCAACCACCACAACAACUACUUUCUGCUUCUGAUCCUAUAGGGGUGUGUGUGUGUGUGUGUAUGUGUGUGUGUGUGUAGAGACAGACAUUUAUGGUGGAAGUCCAAGCCUGGAUUGAGUUUUUUGACUAACAUACUCAAACAACAUCAUCCAUGAACGGUAAUGUUGUUUUACAUCUGAACGUGCCAUACCCAAAUAAAACAUCAAAAUUCCAGCGUUCUAUUCUCUCGCCAGUUGAGGGAUGCCUCUAUUUAUAUGGGGCUAAUUUGUGACGCUAUGGAAACGCCCUGGACAAUGUUUUACCAAACGGCCCCUAGAUGGUGCUAGAGCACAAGGCAAAUGCAAUUGCCGGUGAGUGAAGACCAUGACGUGAAUGCAAUUCCUCAAUUAAUAUUUAUCGUAAAGUUGGUUAACACAAUUUGCAUAAAGCCAGAGUAAAUUCCCAA